GGUCGAAAGGGUCUUCGCUUCAAGAGGAAGAUGAUUUGUGGGUAUUUUGGUCAAUUUGGUUUGUAAAACCAUGAUAAAAAAUUACCCAACAUAAUUUGGAUGGUAUAACUGUGGGCCCUACACGCCCAAAUCUAACCAGUUUUAAUUCUUCCCAACCCAUACCAAGCAAUUUGGUUCAAUUUAAUAAAAUGAGGACACCUCAUCAUCUCCAUCUAUGUCAGAAUCAACAUAGCUUCAAUUGUCAAAAACUCCACUACUGUGAACUACUUUUGGUCCCUCAAUUCGUUCCCCCAAAUGAAUCCUAGCAAAAUUGAGGAAGAUCUCUUACACCACCUUGGCCCAUCGCCGCACCACCACCACUUCUUGGACCCGCAAUCGCAGCCCUCAAUCCACGACGACGCCUUCUCCCUCGCCGAAAUCGACCUCUUCCGCGACGCCGAAGGCGGAAGCCGCUCGUCCUCCGACGCCGAAAUCCCUCUCCCACCAUCCAACGGCACCGUUCAAUUUCACAACCCUAAUUUGCCAAAUCACCCCUCUUUUAAGCGGCCGAUUAACCAGACUCCGUUUUGCAUCAGCCCUGAACCGCAUAUUUCCUCCCAAUUCUACACUUUCAACAAGGAAUCGCAUGCUCUUAUGAUUCAGUGCUUAAUUGAUGGCCGAUUGGCCACGCCGGAGGAGAUCCGAGCCGCGACUCCGCCUCCUGUGCUCUCCAGUUGGCGGUCGGUGUGGAAGGAUCGGAACGAGGACACAGCCUACCUGACGGCGUGGAAGCGCAUUCAGGACAAGCUCAAUGUCCACGUGUCGGAAUCCGCUACUAGCAUAACCGGUAAUAGUAGCCAUUUUCUUUGUUUCAAGAACAAUUCAAGUCAAUCUGUUUCGCAUGUUGAUCAGUGGCAGGACAUAGUCAUGUUAUAUCACGGUGAUACGGAAUUCAAACACUUAGGGUUGAAAGAAACUGUAGAGAGAAUUAAGCAGGUGUGGACUGUAGGGGCAAAAUUUUAUGGCAUUCCUGAGAGUUACAUUAGGACUUGCGUGUCUGCUUGCCCUAUUUGCUCUGAUGAGUCUUCUGGGUGUGCUCCAAGGUCUAAGAGGCGUAGGUUUGAAUAUACCGAAUCUUUUGAUGUGCCCGCCAAGGAAGUCCCAUCACAAUUGCAAAAAUUGGCUGCCAAGCAUAAGGUUGUGUUGUGCAUACGACAGAAAUAUAUUAGGUUUAAGCCAUUUAAGGCAGAGGUCAAGGACUACGCAUGUCAUAGAGCAGGAGAGCCAGCUUCCUCAAAAAAAUCACAUAUGCUGAAGAGAGAGCCGUAUGCGUCUAAGCGGUGUGGGUGUGGCUUUCGUAUUAGGGCAAUAGUUCCAAUAUCAAAAUAUAAUGAGAAGGAUAAGACAUUUGUCUAUGAGGAAGAGGGGACAGCUGUCUUUAAGCUUUAUGCGGUGCAUUCGGGACAUGAGCCAGGGCCCUUGGAUGGAAAUGCUAGGAUUAUGCAUCGAAUGGUUGGACAUAAAGGGGGACUGCUGAUGGAUCAAGAGAAUGUAUACGGAAUGGCUGAAGAUGGGGAAAAUGAGAGUUUUGGGUACUUAGGGAAGGAUUCUGGAGACUUGCAACAUUCAGUUUUCCAGCAGGUGCAGGAAGUGAGGAGUGAAUUGGGGUUGCUUGAGGUUAGGCUUGGGAAAAUUCCACCUUCACUGUUAGGUUCUGUGUCUCGUGAACUCUUUGAUAUCGUGAAUAAGCUUAGAAAUGUUGCUGAUGAUGGUUCGAAGUCGGUUGGGUUGCUUUCAGAGAAGCAGCAUCAGCAUCUGGAUGACGUGUUGGUGGUGGAGCAUGAUUUGCCUGAUUGGGUGGAUGACCACCACACUAGGAUCUAUGGUGAUGGCAAGGAUGCAGAUGUUAUAGAAGAUGAUGAGGACAGCUUUGGGAGAACUCUUGGUGAGGUUGCUUCUUGGGAACGGAUGAGGACAGAGUGUAGGAAUGAGAAGGAUCUUCUUGGUGAGUCUUGUAAAGAGGAGAAGUGGUUAAAAUGUGGUGGUUUUGAUCAGAAGGGGAUUCUUGGCUGCAGUAACCAUAAACUGACCAAGCCCUUAAGGCAUGCUGAAUCAAUAGAUCCAGAUGUUGGUCUUGCGGGUAUACAGGUAGAUGGAUUCUACCCUGAAAAUCCUAAAUGGUUCGAUUCUCCUUGUGGACUGGACCCGGGUGCUGACUGCGAAGAUGGUGGAUUCAGGCCUGGGGAGAUUGUAUAGAAAUUUGGUGAACCCACUCUAACUAAAUUCUUGGUUUUUUGGUUCUAUUCACCUCAAUUCACUAUUGGAAGUGGGUUGUACUUGUACAAAGUACACAGCUUGAAAGCUCUCAGCCUCUUACAAUCACAGUAACAGCCUUUUAGGUGUCUGUAUUGCAUGUAAUUUGUAAAGUAUAGUUCUCUGAAUAUACUUUAAUCUACUCUGUGCUGAUAUUUUCUAUUUUUUAUUUAAUCCUAUGCUUUUUGCAUGAGGAAGUCGGGCUAUUCAGCCUUCAUUGGCGUUUAUGCUGUUCAGUAGAGAUAUACUUAUAUUCUCAAAACGUGUAUCACGUGUAUUGCUAAUAGCAUUGUAUUCUUCUUUUAAGUUUUACAAUAAGUUGGACUUAA